CUUUGAAGUGGUUUAUAAAAUUAGGUAUAAAUAUUUAUUUACCAUAAAUAAAAGUUUAAUACAAACCAAGAUGUUAACAAAAUUUCUCGUGUUAUUGUUUUUAGUUGCAGCAAGUACUUCCCUUAAGGAGUAUUCCCCAGAAAUAAUUCCCAUCCCCGGUGGAUUAACCGGUGAAGCAAUAACCACUAGGUACUGGGACUGCUGUGGUGGAUCUUGUAACUGGGACGCUAUUGUUCACACUAAAAAUGGUUUUCCUGUAAGAUCCUGCCAAAUUGACGGUGUAACUAACAGUACGAAGGAAAACAACGGAAACUCCGUUUGCAACCCAAAUCGAGGAAAUGCUUUUACUUGCACUAACCAACAACCAAUUGUUGUUAAUUCCACUCUUUCGUAUGGAUUUGCUGCAGUUUCGUUUGUAGGAAGCAUUGAUUAUGGCCACUGCUGCGAAUGCUACCUCUUAAGUUUCCAAGGACAAUUAUCUGGCAAACAAAUGUUAGUACAAGUCAUCAACACCGGUGCCGAUUUAGCAUCCAGUCAGUUUGACCUUCAAAUGCCUGGAGGAGGAGUUGGACUCGGCAACAUCGGUUGUCAAGUACAGUGGAAUGCUUCAGAAGAUGGAUGGGGUGACAGGUAUGGAGGAGUGCACACAAUAGAAGAAUGUAACCUUUUACCGGAGGUUUUACAAGAAGGAUGCAGAUGGAGAUUUACGUGGAUGGAAGGUGUUCCAAAUCCUAAUGUAACUUAUACCCAAGUGAAAUGUCCUUUGGAACUCAUUGCUAUUAGUAAUUGUGGUGAUUUUGAUUAAAAUAAACAUUGUAUUUGAUUUUUUACGUUGCUUGUUUAUUAAUUUUUGAAAAUAAUUGUAAAUAAAAUCGUAG